AUGGAUUGUCAAUAUCUCUGUCGGGUUCUCAAAAUAUCAUCUAUCGCAAAUGCCAUCAUCAAUCGCUUUGAGGGGGAUGGAGUAGUCUGCCCGCCUCAGUUGAAGAACAAUCUUUUCACGACAGGACAGGUUGACAACAUUGAUCAUAAUCCCAGCGCAACGACAGCAGUUGGCUCUUUUCAUGGAACCGCCCAUUCCUUGUGUCAGCACCCCACUGAGAACAAUCAAGGGACAGAUGCUGACCCGGUAGGUCUCGUUGACAUGGAGACAGACAAGCGUAUCCAUCCUCUUCCUCUGGCAUACACAAACAUCUUGCCUGCACCAUCCAUGCCGAAGGAAUACAAAGCACCAGUGACUUACGGACCAAUGCGACCAGAUAGAGACAAGUUUAACGAAGACCGCAGUAAUGAGAAAAAAUGGCUGGAAAAGCAGACCUUUCGGCAAGCUUUUAGGGAGGAAAAAGAAUCAGCCAUCCAUGAGGAUCCUGUCUCCGAGGAGAGCUUCACGGAAUGGUUUGGGGAAUCCAUUCAUGGAUCGUACAAAGGAAUUGGUAACAAUAGAUUCUCACGACUAUACAUUGCCAGUCAGACAAGAGAGGGUGACAUCAAAGAGUUCUUCAAGCAUGAAAACCAAAAAUAUCCCCCAUCACUUUCUUCGUCUGGAACACUUAAACAAGGAACCAAAUCAGAUCUGGUUAGAUUGCUUGAGGCUCUCAUCAAUACUCCGUCAGCUGUCACAAACACUCCAUCUACAGAUGUGACAGUUCUUGAUGGUGCGGCGCUUGUGCAUCUGAUUCCAGUUAAAGAAUCGAAAACCUUCGCUGAAUAUGCACAGGAAGCAUUCAUCCCGCACAUCUUGUUUGAACUUGGAAAGGUCAAGCGCGUUGAUCUUGUGUAUCUCAAGAACAGUUUAAAGCUUUCAAUAAGAGCAAACAGAGGUACAGGCACAAGGAAGAGGGUGUCUGGUAAUGUGAAGCUUCCAGGGAACUGGAAAAACUUCUUGCGGAAUGAUAACAACAAGGAUGAACUCUUCCGAUUCUUAGGACAGCAAUGUGUUUCCAAGGACACAGGUGACAAGGUCAUCAUUUCCAUCCUACUGGACUCUGUUGUCACCUCUAGAGAGGAUUACACCACAGAUGGACUUCAACCAUGCUCGCAUGAAGAAGCAGAUACGCGGAUCCUUGUUCAUGUCAAAGAUGCUAUGAACUGUGGGUUCAAGAGAGCAAUGAUACGAACUGUUGAUACUGAUGUUGUUGUGCUCGCUCUUGCCCAUUUCCAGGACUUGCCAGACAUAGAGCAACUCUGGAUGGCUUUUGGAACUGGCAAGGAUUUCAGGUACAUUCCAAUCCAUGAGAUUGCCCGUGCAAUAUCCCCAGAGAUGGCCAAAGGAUUGCUUUUCUUUCAUGCAUUCACUGGAUGUAACUGCAUCAAAUCUUGCAAGGGGAACUGCAAGUGCUUCAAGACAAAGCUGGAAUGUACUGCACUUUUGCAAAUGUGGAGUAUGUUAUAAGUAGGAGAUCAGAACAGAUAAAUGUGGACAGGACAUCCUUAUCUCCUAUUUUUCAUCUAUACCACAAAAAUCUCGACAAACAUCUCAUCAACAAUGCAGUUGUUCGCUGAUUAUUGGUUCCUCUGCCGGACACUCCAAGAGGUUAGCCAACAUCCUUACCUGGGAGUCGAACUGUCCAACACUCUUAUUUUGGGAAAGUCAAAGCCUAAUGGUUGCACUAGCGCGGACUACAUUGUGGCCAUCUGAGAAUCCUCUGAUUUUGACACAACCAACAUGUUUCAAAUCACCGAAAUGGAUAUACAGUGUAUAUGUUUGAACUGUGUGCUUGUUUUCGUGCAAAUAUUACGUAGGUAUUCACAGGUUUGCAAAAACGACUAUAUUGUUGCUAUAGGGAGAAAUGAGCUCAUUUGAAAUAUGAUUAAAAGUAUCAAGAACAUGGGCAUAUUGUAUAUUGUCACCUAUUGUGUAUAUCAUGGCGGCAAUCUUGAAAUCAAUUACCGCAGAUGCAAGUUCUGACAUUGGCAUUGUGUUUCUAGACAUCAAAAACACUUGAACUCCUAGGUGCAAUAGAACUGGAAAUAAGGACAGAGGGUAUUUUGAUUUCGGCAGCCAUAUUGGAAUUCAAAAUGGAGGCCCCACAGGGUGUUAUUUCUUAAUUUCACUUUUGCAGACUUCUGAUAUAUUUUAGAUUUCGAUAAUAAGCAAUAAUUUCCUGACAAAAAACACAGGUAUAGUUGUUUUUUGUCGUUUCCUUGUUAUCCAGUAAGAGUAUGACUCAACUGGUCUUCGAACAGAGUAAAGAUAAGAUAGGAACAAAGUGAGCAUUGUGCUUUUAUCACAGCACUGACAUAUUAAGUUUCCAGCUGGACAUUAUUCUUAAACCUCUCAUCCUUUGACAAUUUAUGGGAAACACUGACAUAUUUUUUUUUUCAAGUGGGAAUUAGCCUAUGGUCAUUUGAUGAAUGAAUGAUACCAAAUGAAGGGACAUGAUUAUGGAUAUCAAAUGCUUGAAUUCUCUUCACGUGGUUUCAGUCAACUCUAGGAACAUCGUCUCGAUAGCUUGUGUUUCAUUUUUCUCUCUUAUAAUAUGGAUAUCACGAUAGAGACGUGGACAGUGCGAUACUAAUAGGUGACCAUGAUCUCUUCAGCAGCCAGUACAAGAUGAAGUAUUUUUUAGGCAACCCUAGGAUGUACCGCGCCUCAGCAAAGGGAGUAAAGGGGCAUUUAGGAAAUGGUAUGCUGAUACAGGCACGAUACAUUGGCGGCCUCACCAGCUUCGUCCUCACGAACUACUCUUUGACCGACUUUAACGGGUGAAUGAGACGAUUCCUUGCUGAAAAUGAAUGCACAUGUAAUGUAUUAUAGUGUUCCUUACCUUAUCAGAACGAACUGAUAUUUUUUUUACAUGUGGUGAACUAUCAAAUAAUUAACACAAAAUUAUGCAGGACAUUCUUAUUGAAAAAUAACAUAAAACAGCAAGCUUUGCAGAGGGAGACUGUCAGGGAUCCCAUCCUAGAGCACGUGAAAGAACUCACUCACAAAGGUUGGCCUGCAACCAUUCAGGAACUUCAGAAUGGUAUUCCCCCAUUCUGGCCAUAUCGUAAUGAGCUAGGUGUGUCUGGAGGUGUCCUUUUCAAAGGCCGGCAGGUCGUUAUUCCGCAAUCCAUGAGACAGGAUAUCCUGCAGCAAUUGCACAAAGGGCAUCCAGGUAUAAAGAAGAUGAGGCUCUUGGCACGCCAGUCAGUCUAUUGGCCCAACAUUAAUCGCCAGAUUGACGAGAAUGUCAGGUUGUGCAAUCAGUGCCAGGAAAGAAUGCCAGAGCAGAGAAAGGAACCACUCAUUCCUCAUGAGGUACCUAUCACCCCUUGGACCAAGGUUGGCAUGGAUCUGUUUGAGCUGAAUACAGUACAGUAUCUACUGAUAGUAGAUUACCAUUCCAAGUUUCCAGUCGUACAUUGACUGACAUCCACGACAAGUGCAGCUGUGGCGAAUGCUGUUACUGGUAUCUUUUGGACUUCUAGGAUCUCCUACAGAGAUCAUUUCGGAUCAUACAGAAAACACAGGCAACUGGAGAAAGUACUGCUCCCGCUCUACUCAAUCUACGAUGUUCUCCAGUAGAUGCCCAUCUUCCAUCCCCUGCAGAAAUGUUUGGCCGUCAAGUCCGGACACUAUUACCUGCUAACCUGGAUUCUAACACAACAUAUCAAGGAAAUAGAACCAAGAACGCUUGGAGCAACGUAGAGGGCGUACUUCUACAACACCUAUGAAGCAAAGGAUAGUUACACUUUCAAUAUAACGUUUUAUUUGGACAACUGACGAGAUAAUUUUCCCAAUUUAUAUACAAAUGUAAACAAGUUCUUCUUGCUUUCUGUAAAAAAAAUCAACUCAAUUGAUUUCAUUUGUGUUACAUAUUUGUUCAUAAUUUAUUACUUCUUAUUAAAAGGCAGUAAAAGUUAUAACACAGUAAUCUAGAUUACUAGAAAACAGAGUAUAAAGUAUUUUGGGGUUUAAAAAGAGGAAGUGCCCUUUUCCCCUGUGCCCACUUUUAAAUUUACAUGUACCUCAUGGGAUAGGAUUGGGUGAAAGAAAACAUAUUAAAUGUUUUCUUAAUGUGACUUGUUCAAUUCUGUGUGACACUCACAUUGUAUGCCAGAAGUUUAUUUUUCAUAGUUUUACAAAUAAUUGUGGUUUUCAAGGAGGAAAAAUGUCAGUACAAUUACAUUGUAGCAGCUUUGUGUUGACUAGACUCAAAAGCUUACGUUUUUUAAUUUUAUACUAAGAGGUUUAAUAUUCAAGGAAAACAAUGAUUUUAUGAGAGAAUUCGUAUGUAAUAGUUCAAUUGUUAUCAUAUUUUUUACUUGUUCUUAUGUUGAGUGUUCUUGCAUGCAACAGUUGUUUUUAGCAUUGUUUGUGUUCUUCAAAAGACGAUGUUUAAUUUAAUGUUAUGGCCCAUUGUGUGUUCAUUAAUUGUAGAAGUGUAAUCUUUAAAUGAAAAAAUAGAGGAAAAGGAAAGAAAAAAAAGAACUUUCAGGAAGGGCGAGAAUGUUGUAUGCACUUUGUAAAAAGGGAUAAUGUUCUGCGAUUAUGUUUUUUUCCCUCAACCAAGCGGCUGUCAAUAGAGCUUGUAAAGGGCCUUCUGUUAAAAAAUUCAUCUGUUUUCUUAUAUCUUCAUUAAAAAACAUUUGCUUUAACUUAAAUCUCCUAAAGUGAGGAUUUAUUAAUUCUUUUUGUGGUCGUCCCAUUUCACCCCAUAUGUCCCAUUUCACCCCCC